AGUCCCAUGUCUUCCUGCUUUGGCUGGGUAGCUGUCUUGCGGAAUCGCGGAGUUUGUUCGGUGUGCCGCUGGCGGACACGUAGCUGGUGGUCGUAGUGUUUACGUGUCAGCAGCCAUUCUACACGGUGAGCGAGUUUAGGGUUUUGCAGGCUCCACGCCAGCAUUGCUACUGUCGAGGCUGCUGCGUGGUUUCAUCGUUUUAGAGGAUGGAAGCAGGUGUGCGCGACACGGCUGCAGGUGCUUCGUACGUUGAGCGGUCCAAAAAUCCGCGUAGAGGCGGCUCAGAAGCCGAGUCAGCCACAGCCAAAGAACCCGCCGAGGCGAUGCAUUCCAGAAGCCGAAUGCAACGGCUGUUUGGCUUUGAGAAGGAGGACCUGUCAUCAUGGCAUCGGUUCGUGUGUCUCCUCAAUCGGCCGACUGAUCCUGCUUCACUGGGCAUCUUCCGCUGCCUGUUCGGUAUGCUGAUGGCUGUGGACAUCACCCAGGAGCGUGGGCUCAGUCACCUGGACUACAAGUACCUGGACGGGGCACCCAUCUGCCGCUUCCCCCUAUUCAACUUCCUGGAGCCUCUCCCUAUGGACUGGAUGUACUGUGUCUACCUAGUGAUGUUUCUCGGUGCUGUUGGCAUCAUGCUCGGCUGGUUUUACCGCCUCUCCUGCCUCAUGUUCAUUUCCACCUACUGGUACAUAUUCUUCCUGGACAAAACCGCCUGGAACAACCACUCAUACCUGUAUGGGCUUAUUGGGUUCCAGCUCACGCUGAUGGAUGCAAACAGAUACUGGGCCAUAGAUGGACUCCGUAACCCCAAGAAGAGGAACGCACACGUGCCGUUGUGGAAUUACACCAUACUGAGAGCUCAGAUCUUCAUAGUGUAUUUCAUUGCUGGGGUCAAGAAGCUGGAUGCUGAUUGGGUGGAAGGGUAUUCCAUGAAGUACCUGGCUCAUCAUUGGCUGUUUGACCCUUUCAAGGUGAUCCUGCCCGUGGAGCUGGUUAGUCUGAUGGUGGUUCACGGUGGAGGCCUCAUCCUGGACCUCACCGCCGGCUACCUCCUGUUUUUCGAUGUCACGCGUCCUGCCGCCAUUAUCUUCGUCACCUACUUCCACUGUAUGAACUCGCAGCUGUUCAGCAUUGGAAUGUUUCCCUACACCAUGUUGGCCACCAGCCCUCUGUUCUGCUAUGCUGACUGGCCCAGACGCUUUUUCGGGCGUUUCCCAGAGUUUCUCCAGUUUGUGCUGCCCCUGACCUCUGAUGAACCUCGCCCCAGCCCCUCAUGUGUGUAUCCCAGUCCGCCGAACAGGUCGGCUGAAGAGCGAGAGAGCCCAGCAUUGUCUCAACCCACGGCACCGCGCUUCAGGCACAAGAUGGCUGCCUUCUUCACCGUUGUCUACAUUGCAGAGCAGCUUUUCCUGCCUUACUCCCAUUUCAUCACAAAGGGUUACAAUAACUGGACAAAUGGUCUCUAUGGCUACUCAUGGGAUAUGAUGGUUCAUUCUCGCACACACCAGCAUGUUAAAAUCACCUAUAAAGAUGGAGUGACCGGGCAGAUCGGCUACCUCAACCCUGGGGUGUUCACUCAAACUCGGCGGUGGAAGGACCACGGCGACAUGCUGAAGCAGUACGCCACCUGCCUGAGCCACAACCUCCCCCGCUUCAACAUCACUGACCCUGAGAUCUACUUCGACAUCUGGGUGUCCAUUAAUGACCGCUUUCAGCAGAGGAUAUUUGACCCACGUGUUGACGUUGUAAAAGCAGACUGGUCACCGUUCCGUCCGAAUCCGUGGCUCAUGCCCCUGCUGGUCGACCUGUCCCCAUGGAGGACAAAAUUUGAGGAGGUUGAGGAGUCUUUGGAUAACCAGACAGAGGUGGUCUUCAUAGCGGAUUUCCCAGGGCUGCACCUGGAGAACUAUGUGAGUGAAGACCUUGGGAACACCAGUGUUCAGGUGCUGCAGGGCCAGGUGCAGGUGGAGAUGGUGGAUGAGAAGAAGAACCUCACACUCACUUCAGGUGAAAAGAUUCAGCUUCCUGCCGGAGCAUACCAUAAAGUGUACACCGUGUCAGAAACACCAUCCUGCUACAUGUACAUAUACGUUAACACCACAGAGGUGGAGCUGCAGAAGAACUUCACCAAGCUGUUGGAACUUCAGGAGAGGGUUCGCAAUGGGACGGAAACAGAGCCUCUUCCCCCAGAGCUGCAGCCUCUCAUAACAGGCCUCGAUGAUGAGGUGGCAGAGGUCAACGACACUGACCCCAUGGUGCGGCUCUUCCUCAAGCGCCAGAAGCGCAUGCAAGAAGUGAAAAAGCGUCGAGAGGCGUCCUUGCUCGAAAGGUUCGACCGGUUUGCCACAAAGAAAUACUACAUGAUCCGACGAGGUGUCCUGAUGACGGCCAUUGCAAUGAGGAACCUGGCAGUGGGGCUGCCCCCUCUGGAGCAGCUGAGGAGUGAGAUCGACUACGCCAACAUGAAAGCACCGGAGUCGGAAGCCGCCCAAAAAGAAAGUCUCGCAGAUGAACCGAGACAUGGGGAGCUGUGACGUCAUGGCAACGAACCACAGACAGUCCCAAAACUACCAGCUGCUGUGCCAUGGACCAUCGCAGAUCAGAGACAAGGUCAUUAUUAUUACUGUGUUUUAAAUCUUCGGAUUUAUUUUUUAUUAGUCGCCGUGAAAUAAAAGAGACGAAUCCAAUUUUGAGUAUUACUAUAGCCAUGUCUUGUGGUUAAGUGCAUCAGUACCUGAAAUAAAAUCAGGUGUGUCAAUGAAUUGGAAAAUAAUAUCAAGAAUUAAUGUUCAACAUUAACUGUUACACUAUGCAACAUUUGAAAGGAGGUGAUCACUUUUCUCUUGGACAGAUCCAUGAAUCUGCUGCAUUGUACCCUCAGUGUACCUGCAACACCCUUUUGUAUGUAUUUUAUUUCAGUUUGCAUUGUUAGGCAUAAACCUUAAUGGAUACGUCAAAAAAUCUUUUUGUUCAUUUGUUUACAUCAGAGUUCCUACGGGAACGGGUGGGGUUGACUGUUAGUUGAUCAUUUAGAAUGGCGAGCAUAUGAUGUGUGUGUGUGUGUGUGUAUAUAUAUAUAUUUUAAAUUAAAAAGCAACAAUCAA